AUGGCGGCGACGGUUGACGUUGGCUAUCUGGCCGCGUCCUACUCCGUCCCCGAGACGACGCUACAGUCAUUACUAUCCGAACCCACCGUAGAGCUAGUCCAGACACUGCUCACCCAGAUCGAAACCAAGGCGCGCGCCUACGAUGACUUGCAGUCGGACAAGAUUCGCACCGAUGUCGAGCUCGAAGCAGCUAUUCAGGGCGGCGAGCAGCGCGCGCGAACCUUGAAGGCCACCGCGGAGAAGGCGCAGAAGGAGGCCGAGGAAUUGAAGAAGAAGCUUGUCCAAGAAGAAAAUGCACGGCAAGAGGCAGAGUCGGCGCUGCACAACCUGCAGGCCACGGCUAGCAGCUCGACGUCUGAGACGCAGGCACUCGAGUCGCGCAUCAAGACGCUCGAGUCGCAGAACCGCGACAUGAUUGCCAUGCACGAGACCAAGACAACCGCACACGACCGCCUCGCAAAGGAGCUGACAGAGCAACACCAGAAGUCGGUCGAGCUGCGCAAGCAGGUGUCGGCACUCGAAGAGAAGACGCAGUCUCUAGAGAGCGCUGCCACCAACGUCAAGUUCCGCGAGGCCAACUUGCAGCAGGAAAUCGAGCAACUCCGCAGCAACAACGACUGGUACACGACCGAACUGAAGACACGCGCCGACGACCACAGCAAAUACCGAAAGGAGAAGAAUGCCCAGAUUGCCCAGCUGCAGCGCGAGAACGCCGACGCCUCCGAGACCAUCGAUGAACUGCGCCGUGCCGAGGCGCUGUUGCGACAACACAUUGAAGAACUCAAGAGCAAGGCCGAGGAGGAUCGCCUACGCAUUGAGGAGCUCGAGAACGCAGCAUCAGCCGCCGAGGCUCACUUCCGAAUCGAGCUCGACAGUGCACGCCGCCUGUCGACAUUGCACCAGCAGAACAACGAAAUGACCAAGAAGCGUUUGGAGCAAUUGCAGUCAGACAGCAGCCGGGUACAAGAAGAAGCCGCCACUGAGAUUGGCCAACUGCAGGCCGAAGUCGAGCUGGAACGCGAAAGGGCUGCCGAAGCCGAUGCGCGCACCGCUGAGUUGGAGACGCUCGUUGAGACUCUCAAGAGCGACAACUCCGACCUUCGAAGCUCUGUUCGUGUUCCCGGAACACCGCGACACGGCAUGAGCGUGAACGGUGGCUUCAGCACGCCGGGCAGGGCAGGUUCGCCUGCCGUCUUCUCUCCAGGCGGCUCGCAGCUCAAGGCCGAUGCGUCCAAGACACAGCUACUGAUCGAGAACAAUGAUCUCAGGAAGGAGUUACGCAAGGUCCGUGAGAAGCAGGAAGAGCAGACCGGUGUCGUCAACGAAAUGCUACAAGAGCUAGAACGUGUCCAACCCGAAUUCGACGAACUUCGCCGUCAAAACGACGCGCUAAUCGACCAGAACAACGAAAUUUCCGCCCUUCUCGAAGAAGCCAUUGCCGAGCGCGAGGCAGCACAACGCGACUCACGCAAGGCCUUUGGUGAUUUGGAAGGUCUACAAAACGAAUCUGCUCUUCUACGUCGUCAGGUCCAGGACAUGACAAUCCAGCUACGGACACUGCUGUGGCGUCGUCAGGUGGAGGAGGAGGGUCUGGGAAGCCUCACAGAGGAACAGCAGGAAUUCAUCAUCAACGCUGUCGAGAAGAAUGAAGUGCCUGACAAGCACAUACCCGAGGACUCGCCUACACACAGCAUGAUCACAAAGCAUCUUGUUCUUUACAAAGACAUUGCUAGUCUUCAGCAACAGAACGUCGAACUGACGCGCACACUUCGACAAGUAGGCGAUGAACAAGAGAGGCAAGAGGUCCGGAUGAAGUCUGAGCAAUACCAACAAGACAUUGAAGAGCUUGCCCGCCUAAGAUCUGUGGUUGCCGAAAAGGAAGAGGAAAUCAAGUCACUCAACGUUCGCUCGCAAACCCUCAAGACCGAGCGCGACAUGUACAGCCGUAUAGUCAGCGGCCGAGGACAGUUGCCGGCUAAUUCCCAGUCGACGUCUGCGUUCGCACAGUCGGUGCCCGCGACUGGAGCCCCCUUGAUGCUGGAGAACGGCUCGCAGUCCCGCGAGAUUCCAGAGUACAGCAAGCUCAUCAAAGACCUUCAAUCCCACAUCGAUCUGCUCAAAGAAGAGAGUGCCACAGACCGUACUACACUCAAGGCGCAAGUCGAUAACCUGACCAGGGACAACUCACAACUUCAGAGUGACAAGCUUCGUUUUGAGUCGCAGGUGCGACGAGAGCAGGACAGGUAUGCUCGCCUGGAGGGCAGCAUCAAACUGCUCCAAUCCGAGAAGGACUCUCUACAGGAACGCUACAACAAGGUUCAAGCGACCAUGGCCCAACAAGACGACAGGCUUGUCAAGGCUACUCAGAACGCCGCUGAAGCUGAGGCCCGUCUCCAGAGCUUGCAAGGUGAGAUGGUUCAGCUCAAAGCAUCUCAACAAAUGUCCGCGACGAUCGAGGCACGUCUCAAGGAAAGAAACCAGGAGUUGAUAACAGAGCGCGAUCGGUUGAGCAGCAUGGUAUCUCAGAUUCAAAGCCUACGCAACGAAGCUGAGUUGGCUACUGCGGAGAGCCGACGCGAGUUACAGAACACGGUGGACAAGCUCCGGACGGACUUGCAGAGUGCGGAAAGCAAAUUAGAGGACGAGAUUGCUGAGCACAAAAAGGUCAACCAGCAGCGGGAGUAUGAGCGUACCGAAACGCAACGACGAAUUGAUGAUCUCAUCGCAGCACGCAACAGUGCCGAAGUCAAGUCUGCAACCGCCGAAUCAACACGCCAACAGCUGGAACAACGCAUCAAGGACCUCCAGAACCAGCUCCAAUCAGCCGAGGAGCGCAUACAGGCUCUGCAACCACGAUCACAGGCCAACGGCUCAAACGAGGAGCAGGAUUCUGUUAGCCGCGAGGAAGAGCUGGCACAACAGGUUUCGGAUCUCAAGCGCAAGAUUCAGCGCAAGGAGGAGGAUCUUGAAGCGGUCACUGCCCAGAUUGCCGGCUUCCAGGAUAUCGCACAAGACGCCGAGAACCGAUUGCAGACCUUCGUCGAGGCCCACGAGCGACUCCAAGAGCAACUCAAUCUUGCACAAGAAGAGAAGGAUGCAACUAUCAGCGAUCUACAGCAGCGUGUCGAGGAUAUCUCCUCUGAGCUUGCUACAAGCAGUACCGAGCUCACUGAACUGAGAGGCAAGCACGAGCAGGAUACCUUGGUACUGAGACAAGAGAAGGAAACCCUGGAGGCAGAGAUUAUCAGACUCAAGAACGACGUCGCCGACUACAAAGCCGAAGCUGAGAAUCAAACGCAAUACGUCAAGACCCAAGCCGACAUCGCAGAGCGUGCCCAGAAGGACUACGAGCAUGAGUUCCAGAAGCACGCCGAGAGCAUGGAGAAGCUUCGAGAACUGCGGGACCAGCACAACCAACUCCAGUCUCAGAUCACAGAGUUCAAGACACAGGCUGAGGCUGCACGAACAACACUGGAGCAAAGCCAAGAACACUGGAAGUCUACCGAGGGCCGGUAUGAGGAGCAGAUUACUGAGGCCAGACGCCGCCACGACGACUUGAAGCAAUACAACCAGACCUUGCUCAAGCAGUUCGACGAGUACAAAGAGCAAAUCAACAGCUUGAAGAACGACAGAGGUGCUAUGACUGGUGAUAGCGGUAAUACGGAAUCCGGCUCGAACAAUCUCCAGGAUAUCGAGACAUAUCUGCGUCGCGAAAAGGAGAUCUUGGAGGUCCAGUUGAACCUCAAAGUGCAGGAGUCGAAGCGUCUGGAGCAGCAACUCACGCACGCCCAAGGUCAACUCGAUCAGACGCGAGAGAAGCUGCUGGAGGAGCAAGCCAAGGCCUCAGGCUCACACAGCAAUUCCAGUCUUGCGCAUCUUAACAAGAAUCUUGAAGAGCUCAACGUUUACCGCGAGAGCAACGCGACGUUACGAAGCGAGAACACUCGUCUUCAGGCCUCAUUUGCCGAGAAGGCCAAGGCGCUGGAGGAUCUUCAGAGUGAGCUAGAACCCUUGCAAGUUCGUGUGUCUGAACUUGAGGGCGAGCUCGAACUCAACAUGGGUCAUCUCAAGGCUGUCGAAGAAGAUCGCGACCGUUGGCAAAAGCGUCACCAGGAUGUACUCCAGCGAUACGAUCGCAUCGACCCCAAAGAUCUUGAGGACCUCAAGAAACAGAUUGAGGACCACAAAGUGGAGCGCGAUCAGGCACUAGAGCAGGUGGCAGGUCUCAAUGAGCAGAUUACAGCUCUCACAAGCGAGGUCCAGAGUGCGAAUGCUGAGAGGGACAACAUCCAGAAGGUUGAGAGGGAGAAGUUCCAGAAGAAGCACAACGAGCGCAUGAGACUAAAGAACGAGGAGAUCAGCGCGCGCGCUGCAGAGCGAGACGAAGCUCAGAAAUCGGUUACGAGCUUGCAGCAGGAGGUUGAGCGCAUUCGGCAAGAACUCACAAACGCACAAUCGACACGUGCGGACAAUGGACAAUCCCAAGAGCGAAUGGCAACACUUCAGAAGCAAUUGGAGCAAACGCGAGCACAACUCGUGACUACCCAGCAAGAGCUCGAUGUUGUAAAAACUGCUCGUGACGAAGCUAUUGCUCAAGCGAGUGCAUCUGCCCAAUCGGCUGGAAACGCAGAUGCAGGUGAGGACGGUCAGAUCAACGAGAACUUUGAUGCUACGUCGCAACAGUUGGCAAAUCUGCAGAAGCAGCUGGCUGAAGCUCAACAAAAGGCUACGGACGCAGAGAACAGCCGAUCCGCUAUUGCAGACCAGCUAUCUAGUCUACAGGCGCAGUUGUCAACACAACAGGAAGGAUUGGAGAAGAUCCAAACGGAGACUGCCGCGAAGGGCACUACCAUUGAUGAGCUUCGACAACAACUUUCACAAGCCCAGGCUCAGGAUCAGCAGCCCGCGUCCAAUUCAACUUCCGCCGAGCCUCUGACCAACUCCGCUGCAGCCGCCGAGAUGGAGAAGCUUAGAGAGGAGCUUGCUGCGAAGGCAGCUGAAGUCGGCGAUCUGCGGGCUCAACUUGCCAGCGCGAAAUCAGCACAACACGCCGCAGAAGGUGAAUCGCAACCGGAAGCCUCGCAGAGCAGCGAACAGAUCGCUGCCAUCAAGGCUUCACUUGAUCAGCGAGAGGCCCAAUUGAAAGAGCUUGAAACAUCACUGAACGCCCGCGAAGCCAAGGUCAUCGCGAGAGAAGGCAACCUGGAAAAUAUCAAAACAAAGGCCAAUGAUUCCAUCAAAAAGAUCAGGGCUGAGUCAAGCCAAGAACUUGCCAGGGUCAAGGAUGCUCAUCAAGCUGAACUCGAGCGCUUGCAGCAAGAGAUUCAGAAGGCAGCUCCUCCUCAAGACACUCCGAAGGAUGUCACACAAGGGGCUGCUCAACCUGUACCUGAUGGUAUGGUCAGCACGGAAGAUCUACCGCGACCCACAGUCACAGAUCAACAAUUAAAGAUUUGGUUGAAGAACAAUACCGGAGCUUACAGGGUGCUGAUAUCUCAGAUCAGAUCCAACGUCAACAAUCAAACGGCCAAAAAGGACGAGAUGAUCAACAAACUCAAUCAAGAGAUCCAGCAGCUGAAAACUCAGAUCGAACAGUCCAAGACACAGAUCGAACAGCUCAACGCUCAAAAGGUCAUCGAUGGUAUUACAGGCGUCAAGCAGGAGCCCGGACAAGCGAAGGAAGCGGGCUCGAGCGAGGACUUGACUGCAGUCAACGCUGCGUGGGAGAAGAAGUUGAAAGAGAAGCUGGAGGAGUUGGAAACAAAGCUGGUCAAAACACAUGAACUCAAAUCGAAAUUGAAGGAUUCGCAGCUGAAGCUCGUCAGAACUAGAUUCAGCUACGUUGAAAAGGCUGCGAAAGAGACGCCGACUGAGGAGGUAGCAAAGGUGUACGCCAUUGCACUGACUCAGAAGCCUGUGGAAGCUGCCAAACCUCCACAACCCGCUACACCUGCCAAACCUGCUCCUGCACAAGCCAACACACAAGGUCAAGCACUGAAUACAGCAACACCACAGCAACAGCAACAGACAGCGGCAGCUUCUGCGACCAAUACGUCUCAGGCGAACAGUGCCAAUAACGCUACUCCCACUCAAGCAUCCCAGUCUGCGCCCUUCCAGCAACAACCCAACCCUUUCGUACAGGCUGCUGGUCAUGGCAUAAACGCAAACCCCUUCCAACAAAGCCAGAAUCAGAUGGGUCGAGGACUACCGCAGCCAGGUUUUACCGUCCAAGGCCAAGGCCAAGCUCAACAACCACAAGCACAACCCCAGCAGCAGUCCGGCCGUGGUCGUGGUGACGGCGUAGGAACUGGGCCCCAAGCCAUCCGCGGUGUCAUCCAAUCCAACAUUCCCCGUGGAGGCGCAAGCAACAUCCCCAUGCCCGGUGGUCGCGGACGAGGUCAGAACCAGCAACAGCAAAACCAAAACCAACAGCAGAACCAACAAGGCCAAAACCAAGGUCCUGGUGCUACUUCGCAGAUUGGUCGAGGAGGCGGUCGAGGCGCUGGACGCGGUCGUGGCCAACAAAACCAGAAUCAGAAUCAGAACCAAGGUUCACCUGCAAGGGGUGGUCUGAAUCCUGGUGCCGCGGGCUUCCAACCUGGUCAGGCCGGUCAAGCUGGACGCGGACAGAAGCGUAAUGCGGAAGAUGAUGGUGAAGGUGCGACGAGAGGUGGAAAGAGGGCACGAGGUGGACGUGGCGGCGGUGCUGGAGGACAACAGCAGGCCGGCGCCGAGUAA